AUGGCCUUAUCGUUGCAGUCGACGCAGAACUCUCGAGGUGUGUCGGUAAGGCCGCUGUCAAGUAUGCGUCAGGAGUCGCUACCGAUGUUGGCGGAGCGGCUGCUGGCGAGCCGCGCAGCCGCCCUGGUCGCUGGCCUGCCCGCCGAACUGUACUCCGGCGCGCUGCUCGCCGCCUGGCCGCCCUCACCGCCCGCGCCGCUACUGCCCCCGCCCGAGCUGGACCGAACGCGCAAGCGGCGCCGCACACCCAAAUUGGACGACAGCGCUGCUACUGCGCCGCCCUCGCCGCCCUCCUCUGGUUCGUCGCCCGGCGCCGCUGACCCACCGCGUGAUAAACUCUUCACCUGCAAGGUGUGCUCGCGCUCCUUCGGUUACAAGCAUGUCCUGCAGAACCACGAGCGCACCCACACCGGUGAAAAGCCAUUCGAGUGCGGCGAGUGCCACAAGCGCUUUACUCGCGACCACCACCUCAAGACCCACCUCCGCCUCCACACCGGGGAGAAGCCCUACAGCUGCCCGCACUGUCCGCGCCAUUUCGUGCAGGUCGCGAACCUGCGCCGGCACCUGCGCGUGCAUACCGGUGAGCGCCCGUACGCUUGCGCUCGCUGCCCUGCACGCUUUUCCGACUCCAACCAGCUAAAGGCGCAUGCCCUGGUGCACGAGGGUGACGCACCGUUCGCAUGUCGUUGUGGCGCGAGGUUCAGGCGACGGCAGGCGGCCGCGUUGCAUCGCUGUGCCGGCACCGGCUGCGAAGCGGACGCACCCAGUCCGCCUGCCGCCGCGUCUGCCGACUGGCGUUGGGAUGACUGGCCCGAGCAGACGGAGCCUGAAGACCUGUCUCUGCCUCGGAGGCCGGCAACCCCGGACUCCCCAACCGAUCUUCGCGUCCACGCCGCGUAGUCAGCCCGCACCCCGCGCCUUGCGCCUAUCCCCAUGCGCCGCCGAGCCGGUAUAUGAGUUCCUUCUCUGUAGACUGCGCAAAGUCGUCACCUCGCCGACGCCGAUAGUUCUACUCGCCCGGCUAUUUGUCGUACCGUUAUUUCAAAGUAUUACCUACCGCUAACGCUCACUCUAAUAAAUUAUUUAAGCUGCCGUUUUUUGCACAUAUUUCCUCAGUAAGACUCCCGUCGUAGUCGCUUUAGGUAGUCGUCCAUUGCAUUUUACAGUUUCGCAUUUGCAAUGUCAUAAAAAGACCGCUUUUUCACGAUGUUACAGUUUAAAAUUUUAUUGUUGUGCCAUUUGCAUAAUCGCAAGGCGAGACGAUGCAA